AUGUCUCUGCAAAAUCUAUCUAUCUCCCUAUCUGUCUAUCUAAGUCUAUUCAUAUCUAUCUAUUAUUUAUCUCUCUCUCUCUCUCUCUCUCUCUCUCUAUAUAUAUAUAUAUAUAUAUAUAUAUAUAUAUAUAUAUUUCUGUUCAUAUCUAUCUAUCUAUCUAUCUAUCUAUCUAUCUAUCUCCCUCUUUAUAUAUAUAUUUUCCGUCUGUUCAUAUUUAUCCUUCUGUUUAUCUUUCUGAAUCUGUUCAUAUCUAUCUAUCUAUCUAUCUAUUUAUCUACCCAAUCAUCCAUCUAUGUAUCUAUCGAUCCAUCCAUUUAUCUAUUCUGUUCAUAUCUGUCUAUCUAUCUAUCUAUCUAUCUACCCAAUCAUCCAUCUAUGUAUCUAUCGAUCCAUCCAUUUAUCUAUGUAUUCUGUUCAUAUCUGUCUAUCUAUCUAUCUAUCUAUCUAUCUAUCUACCCAAUCAUCCAUCUAUGUAUCUAUCGAUCCAUCCAUUUAUCUAUUCUGUUCAUAUCUAUCUAUCUAUCUAUCUAUCUAUCUAUCUAUCUAUCUAUCUAUCUAUCUAUCUAUCUACCCAAUCAUCCAUCUAUGUAUCUAUUGAUCCAUCCAUUUAUCUAUUCUGUUCAUAUCUAUCUAUCUAUCUAUCUAUCUAUCUAUCUAUCUAUCUACCCAAUCAUCCAUCUAUGUAUCUAUCGAUCCAUCCAUUUAUCUAUUCUGUUCAUAUCUAUCUAUCUAUCUAUCUAUCUAUCUAUCUACCCAAUCAUCCAUCUAUGUAUCGAUCGAUCCAUCCAUUUAUCUAUUCUGUUCAUAUCUGUCUAUCUAUCUAUCUAUCUACCCAAUCAUCCAUCUAUGUAUCUAUCGAUCCCUCCAUUUAUCUAUUCUGUUCAUAUCUAUCUUUCUAUCCAAUCAUCCAUCUAUGUAUCUAUCUAUCUAUCCAUCCAUCUAUUUAUCUAUUCUGUUCAUAUCUAUCUAUCUAUCUAUCUAUCUAUCUAUCUAUCUAUCUAUCUACCCAAUCAUCCAUCUAUGUAUCUAUCGAUCCAUCCAUUUAUCUAUGUAUGUAUGUACCACUCUCUCUCUCUCUCUCUCUAUAUAUAUAUAUAUAUUAUAUAUAUAUAUAUAUAUCAGUCUGUUCAUAUCUAUCUUUCUAUCCAAUCAUCCAUCUAUGUAUCUAUCUAUCUAUCCAUCCAUCUAUUUAUCUAUGUAUCUACAUAUUCUGUUCAUAUCUGUCUAUCUAUCUAUCUAUCUAUCUAUCUACCCAAUCAUCCAUCUAUGUAUCUAUCGAUCCAUCCAUUUAUCUAUUCUGUUCAUAUCUGUCUAUCUAUCUAUCUAUCUAUCUAUCUACCCAAUCAUCCAUCUAUGUAUCUAUCGAUCCAUCCAUUUAUCUAUUCUGUUCAUAUCUAUCUAUCUAUCUAUCUAUCUAUCUACCCAAUCAUCCAUCUAUGUAUCUAUCGAUCCAUAGAUAUUCUGUUCAUAUCUGUCUAUCUAUCUAUCUAUCUAUCUAUCUAUCUAUCUAUCUAUCUAUCUAUCUAUCUACUCAAUCAUCCAUCUAUGUAUCUAUCGAUCCAUCCAUUUAUCUAUGUAUUCUGUUCAUAUCUGUCUAUCUAUCUAUCUAUCUAUCUAUCUAUCUACCCAAUCAUCCAUCUAUGUAUCUAUCGAUCCAUCCAUUUAUCUAUUCUGUUCAUAUCUAUCUAUCUAUCUACCCAAUCAUCCAUCUAUGUAUCUAUCGAUCCAUCCAUAUAUCUAUUCUGUUCAUAUCUAUCUAUCUAUCUAUCUAUCUACCCAAUCAUCCAUCUAUGUAUCUAUCGAUCCAUCCAUUUAUCUAUUCUGUUCAUAUCUAUCUUUCUAUCCAAUCAUCCAUCUAUGUAUCUAUCUAUCUAUCUAUCCAUCCAUCCAUUUAUCUAUGUAUCUCUCUCUCUCUCUCUAUUCUGUUCAUAUCUAUCUAUCUAUCUAUCUAUCUAUCUACCCAAUCAUCCAUCUAUGUAUCUAUCGAUCCAUCCAUUUAUCUAUGGUAUUUAUUUUUGCCUUAAUAAAUUUAUUCUUUUUUAA